GGGACUUCUUCGUCGACUGUUGAUGACGUAUUUAUGUAACCCUCGAAAUGCAAAGCGAUCGAUGUGUAUUUUGGCGGUCCGUUCAAGUCCACCGAACUUUCAGUUCUGAUUACAGCUGUGAAUUAACAGCCCCGCCAAGAAGCGGACACAUAUCUUAGCACCACCGACAGAUUUUCAUCGUUAAUAAUGGAGUACGGGAAGGAGAGGGUGGUGGCGUUGGUAGACAUGGACUGCUUUUACGUGCAGGUGGAGCAGAGGCUGAAUCCAGCUCUGAGGAAUACUCCCUGUGUGGUGGCCCAGUACAAGACGUGGAAAGGAGGCAGUAUUAUAGCUGUGAGCUACGAGGCCAGGGCUCAUGGUGUCACCAGGAACAUGUGGGUGGAUGAUGCAAAAAAACUGUGCCCAGACCUCCAGGUGGCACGAGUGCGUGAGUCUCAUGGCAAGGCUGACUUGACAAAUUACAGAGAGGCGAGUGUGGAGGUGAUUGAGGUCAUGUCUCGCUUUGCUGUGAUUGAGAGAGCUAGCAUUGAUGAGGCCUACAUGGAUUUGACUGCUGCUGUCCAGCAGCGACUGAAAAAUAUGACUGACAAACAAAUCGAAACUUCACUCUUGAGAACUACCUACAUCCAGGGGUACCCGCAAAGUUCACCUGCAGCUGAAGACUCUGCAGAGGACACUGUGUUGGAUAAAGAGGAACAGCGAUCCAGAGGUCUCCAGCAGUGGCUGGAAUCUUUAACGUUCCCGUCAGUGGGUGAGCAGAACUCUGCAGAACUGCAGCUAACUGUUGGAGCACUGAUUGUUGAGGAAAUGAGAGCAGCUGUGGAGAAACACACAGGUUUCAGUUGUUCUGCAGGAAUAUCACACAAUAAGGUAUUGGCUAAACUAGCCUGUGGUCUGAACAAGCCCAACAGACAAACUGUUCUUCCUCUGGACUCUGUGACAGAACUUUUCAGCAGUCUCCCCAUUGGCAAGAUCCGUAACCUGGGGGGUAAGCUGGGAACUUCAAUCACAGAAACUCUGGGAAUAGAGAACAUGGGCGAUCUCACUCGCUUCUCUAAGGCUCAGUUGGAGCAGCACUUUGGAGAAAAAACAGGUCAGUGGCUGUACGACUUGUGCCGGGGGAUUGAUUUUGAAGCUGUGAAACCAAGACAGCUUCCAAAGUCCAUUGGCUGCAGUAAAAACUUUCCUGGGAAGACAUCACUGGCUACUAAAGAGCAGGUACAGUACUGGCUUCAUCAACUGGCUCUUGAGUUAGAGGAGAGGCUGACCAAGGACAGAGAAGUGAACGGUCGUGUGGCUAAAAUGCUGACAGUUGGUGUGCGUCAGCUUGGCGACAAGAGGAUGAGCAGCUUCUCUAGAUGUUGUGCUUUAGUGCGCUACGAGGCGACCAAAAUAUCCAGCGACACCUUUGCCAUUAUCAAGAGUCUGAACACAGCAGGAAACCAUCAGGCUGCAUGGACUCCACCCCUCAGCAUGUUAUACCUCUCAGCUAGUAAAUUCAGCGAUGUUUCAUCAGCGGGGGGGAUCGCUGGCUUUCUUUCCAGUGAUAGCACUUCAACGCAGCCACCCCGUGAACCAAAAAAUGUCUCCCCGUGUAAACAAACCGGCUCCAUCCAGUCCUUUUUUCAAAAGGCAGUUGAGAAACAAAAACAGAAGGUUAGAAAGGAGGAGGAGGAUGAUGAUGAUGAAGAGGAUUCUGGUACACACAGCAAUGAAGGUCUCCCAGCUUCCUCGCUUCACAAUACUUCUGUUUCUGUUAGUCAGUUGAAGUCAGACGCUGUCUGUCCUGCUUCCUCUUUUACACCUGUUUCUCAGUCCAAAAUUGGUUCAUCCAGCCCCCACCCAGGCAUUUCCUCUUUCUUUCAGAAGAAGACCAUUGAAAAAAGCCUCCAGGUUUCAGGGUCAGCACUGAACAAGCCUGAAAACGGACAAAUGCCAGGUCCCGUUGAUGAGGAAGACACCAAAGACAUUGUUGUUGUGGCAUCAGGCUUGGAGUCAAAACUUAGCUCAGAGAAUGCAUCUCAUGAGUCGGCAAGUGAGGAGUUAAGGAAUGAACUGGACAUUAAUGUGGAGUCAAAUCACCCUCCUCCCACUGUGGCCAGUGAAGAUCUGAUGAGCUGUGAACGCUGUGGUCAGGAGGUGUUAGCGUGGGAAAUGCCAGAACACAAUGACUAUCAUUUUGCUCUGGACCUCCAGCAGUCCUUCUCUUCAGGCACAUCAACCAUCACUUCCUCUUCUUCUUCCGGUACCGCUAUGAAUCCUCUCAGAGCAGCAGCAGCAGACACAGCCCACUCCUCUCGGGGAAAGACUAAAACAAGAGGCCAGUCGGGACCAGCACCAAAAAGACCCCGCUCCCAAAGUGCAAGCACAGGCACUCUGGAUUCAUUCUUCAAGAAAAACUGAAGAUCUAAUGCAGAACCGCAGUUUUAAAUUAAACUCAAACGUAGUUCUGAUUAUGUACAUUUUUAAAAAUGUUUGUUUACAAAGCCAUAUCCUAAACAGUACAUUAAGACUUUUCUGCUUUCAAUGUUGAAGUUGGGUGAUGAUAACAAUGUGUAUAAAAAAAAAUAAUCAAAAAAUCAUAUUUAUUUGAUUUAUUUAAUUUACUUUUUAAUGAUAAAUAAAAAGACAAUAUUAUUAAGAGACAUUUUUUUAAAGCAGAGUGUAUUAAAGAUUCUUUUUACUCAUCCUAGUAACAUGCAGUAUGCUGUAGUACUUUGACUUACCAGCAGAUGGCACUAGUUAGUUGAAUGUAGAGCAGAAAUCCUCACUCGAUCAACAGUAUGAAGUGUUCUAGUAAGAAAGAGAGAGGGGCACAUGAUUGUGAUUUGUAAGACAAGAAGGUAGUAUUUGAAAUACUCUUGGUGUCAAUGAGUUUUCCAAACACAACUAAGUACAUUUACAUAGAAGACUCAGAUUCACAUAGGAAACCACACACCCUUGUGAGCAAGCCUUUUAGGUUUCUAUAAGAACAAAUGUGACAAAAGUAGCCCUGAACUUGUCAUCCUUUAUCACAAGGAUAUUGCUAACUUCACAAAUGUAAAUUUAUAUUGCCAUAGCCGAGCUCACAGCCUACAGCAUGGACUGGUACAAGAUGAGCUGAUAACUCAUAAAAUAAUGUAGCGGAGGGCAGAUUGAAAUGUUAUAAAAGAUCAAUCAGGUCAAUAAUGUAGCAGCUCCUCUGGCUCAAAAUCCAUAACAAUUCACAGGUUAUUGCCUGUGAAAUGACACAUCUGACCCUGACCCGGAGCAGAAUUUGGUUGAAGAUCUAUUAGAUGAUUAUUGUGUCUGAGUUUUGUAAAAUCUGAACAAUAGCCUCAGAGGAAGGAUUAUUGUUCAGUAUGGACAGAUGCCUGACUGUGACAUAAGCUCAUUGGCCCUUCAACUGGAUGAGCUAAUAAGUAUCAGCUGGAUUAAUUGAAUUAAAGCAAAGGGUGUGUGUGAUUUUGGUGUCACUGUAAAAAACAAAACAAAAAACCCCCCAAUAAACAAAUAUUUCCAUAAUAACUUUUAAUGAUAUUAUAAUUCAAGCAAUGUUUAAGGCUUUGGCUCACAAUGGAGGCCAUUUCCACUCGUUAAGUCUAAUCAGCCCAAAUCAGGUGAGUAAUAUAAAGUGUUAUAAAAAAAAAAAGUAAAAACAUAAAUACACUAAGUGUGUGGUAGUUCAUGGUUCUGUGUGUCUGUGGUUGUCCAGGUAGGGAGCUGACGUAUAACGUCAGAAGGCCUGUCAGUUGCCAAAUUACAGUUUUUGUAUUAUUGUAUUAGAAUUUUUUUUCCUGUUGCAGCUUUAAUGGCAUAAAUUACAGACAACCCAAUGGCUUGUUCAACCUUUGACAUGAUUGCCACUCCAAAGAGUGCAAUUGCAGCAUAAAUAGAUGAGUCAUCCUCUUCAUGUUUUCUGCAGUGGUGAACUUAUUGUCCUGUAGAGCCAUUGACAGACCUGAAUGGCUAAAUUAUGCUUGCACUUUCUUGCAUCAGCUGGAGAGCAGGAUAGGAGGAGCCAAACCAGGGAAA